AUGUUCGUUGGAAGUGAAUUUAAUGAUGCAAUUGCAAGUAUCAGCGAGAGUGACGCAUGGAUUGUGCAUCCCAUACCUGGUUAUGUUGUCAAAUUCAAGGAAGUAGAAUCCAAUUGUCGCACGCUGUUAAUGAAAGAGAAAUGUAAACUUUUUUUAAAUAUUUGUCAUUGCGCACAAUUACCCCCUCCGGAGAAUCUCAGUGAGGACGAAGUUGCAAAAUUGUUGGAUUCAAGUGAUUCCUCAAGGUAUCGUAUACCGUUAUGUGUUGGUGAUAUUGAAGUGGUCUCAGACAGAAGAGGAGAAGAUUCUGUAAAGAUAGAUGUAAUUAUCAAUUCUACGUUUUAUUUAACGCAGCUCGAAAAGAGUGAAUUCUUCCGACAGUUAUUGCUACUAGUUGUUUCAGAAGCGGUUGAAAAGAAACAUGGUAUUAAUAUUGAUGUAAAGGGAGCAAUAAGAUUAAAAAAUCGAAAGUGUGUGGGCGAUUUGAGCGCUCAGAGAAUACGAAAAAAGCCGCAAGAGGCAUUUAUAAGGGAAUUAGAGUCAGUAAAACAAUCGGAUGAAUCGAUCUAUGAGCAACAUUGUCUUCCAAAGAAUUGCUUACUUCUUCUUCGAAAUGGCAAAGAGCUAGAAGUAAACUUGAAGUUUGCUAAUGUGGAACCACCGAUAGAAAAUAGUGACAGGUUGAAUAUUCGGAUGAAUGAUGACCACUUGUUAAUUAUUCUUGAUCGGAAACAAACAAUCUUGGAUAUUUAUUUUCCAAUAAAGGUAGAUUAUAAACGAGUUAAAGUGAAACUAUUAUCAAGUGAAGGUAUACUACGGAUAUUGGUUCCUGUUGUUUGGUGA